GCGCAUAUACGCGCGUAUGUGCGCGACAGAAGCAGAUUUGACAGUAUCUAACCGCGCUGCGCGAGAGCCCACCAAGAGCAACAAGAACACACACACACACACGAGGGUCAACGGGAGCAGACAACGCACUAUAGAGAGCUGACUUGGCACAAAGGAGGACACAAGUGCAGUGAAAAUCCUGUCCCCUUGCACAGUCAUGGCCUCAAAGUUCAAUCCAAAUGUCCUUUAUGUCGGGGAGCCCCGGGAGUCCCUGACCUCUCCGGACCCUCAAGCCGAGGCGGGUGACGAAUCAUCGGACAGUGACGGGGAGCCGGAGGAGACCUCUAACAAACUUAUCCGAAAAGUGUCCACGUCUGGUCAGAUAAGAGCCAAGAAGAGUGUAAAGGAGGGUAUUCUACUCAAACAGACCAGCUCUUUUCAGAGAUGGAAGAGGAGAUAUUUCAAACUGCGAGGCAGGACUCUCUACUAUGCCAAAGAUUCAAAGUCUCUCAUAUUCGACGAGGUCGACCUCUCAGAUGCCAGCGUGGCCGAGACCAGCACCAAGAACAUCAACAACAGUUUCACAGUUAUUACUCCAUUCCGUAAGCUGAUGUUGUGUGCGGAGAGCAGGAAGGAGAUGGAAGACUGGAUCAGUGCUUUGAAGUCUGUACAGAAAUGGGAGACUUAUGAGGCCAGUCAGUUUAACAUGGAGCACUUCUCUGGGAUGCAUAACUGGUACGCCUGCUCUCACGCCCGGCCCACCUUUUGCAACGUGUGUCGAGAGGCUCUGCCGGGGGUCACCUCUCAUGGUCUUUCUUGUGAAGUGUGUAAAUUCAAAGCCCACAAGCGCUGUGCCGUACGAUCCACAAAUAACUGUAAGUGGACCACUCUGGCGUCUAUAGGAAAUGACAUCAUUGAGGAUGAGGAUGGGGUGUCAAUGCCUCACCAGUGGUUGGAGGGAAACCUGCCGGUUAGUGCUAAGUGUGUGGUGUGCGAUCGAAACUGUGGCAGCGUCCGCCGACUACAGGACUGGCGGUGCCUCUGGUGCAAAGCCAUCGUGCAUAAUAGCUGUAAGGAGCAGUUGGGAAAGGUUUGUCCUUUGGGUCAGUGUAAGGUCUCCAUCAUUCCACCCACUGCACUCAACAGCAUCGACUCUGACGGUUUUUGGAAGGCCACCAUUCCAUCCUGCUCGAGUCCUCUGCUGGUGCUGGUGAACAGUAAGAGUGGUGACAACCAGGGCGUCAAGUUCCUGCGCAGGUUUAGGCAGCUUCUGAACCCGGCGCAGGUCUUUGACCUCAUGAACGGCGGCCCACAGCUGGGGCUUCGCCUCUUCCAGAAGUUUGAGACCUUUCGAAUCCUAGUGUGUGGUGGAGAUGGGAGCGUGGGCUGGGUUCUUUCUGAACUGGACAAACUCAGCCUGCACAAACAGUGCCAGCUGGGUGUGUUACCGCUGGGCACGGGAAAUGACCUGGCACGUGUGUUGGGCUGGGGAGGACUCUGUGAUGAUGAUGCUCAGCUGCUGCAGAUACUGGAGAAACUGGAGAGAGCUACAACCAAGAUGCUGGACAGAUGGAGUGUGAUGACGUAUGAAGUGCCCACCAAACAGACUCCAGCCAUUUUAAAGGAGGAGGACCCAUUAGACUCCCCCCUGCAGAUUACACAAUAUGCUGAUUCUGUUGCAACUCACUUGACCAAAAUCCUGGACUCUGACAAACACAGUGACGUUAUAUCAUCUGCUAAGUUUCUUUGUGGAACAGUUAAUGAGUUUGUGGCCGAGGUCGGCAAAGCUUAUGAACGGGCCACAGAGAAUAAAGAGGAGGCCGAUGCUAUGGCAAAAAAGUGUGCCAUGUUGAACGAGAAGCUGGACUCUUUGGUUAAGGCUCUCAGCGAAGACGCCAGUGCCCAGUUGGUACCAGCCGUACCCAUCUCACCAGAUGAGAGCAACACUGAUCAGUCCAGACCCUUCAGAUCAAGAGAGCAGCUGAUGCUGAGGGCCAACAGCCUAAAGAAAGCACUCCGGCAAAUCAUAGAUCAGGCAGAAAAGGUGGUGGAUGAGCAGAACAGACACACCCAGGUACAGAGAAUGUCAUCCUCCUCAUCAAUCAAAAGAGGCAGCAGUGAGGACCUCAAAGAGGCGGAGCCACGUCAAAACACAUUGAGUCCAACCACCACAACCCCUAUAUUACUGGAGAAGUCAGAGAGCUUCAGCACGGUGCUUUUCUCUGAAGAGUCUGUGCAGUGCACAGAAAAGUGUGUGAUGAAUAACUAUUUUGGCAUCGGGUUGGAUGCCAAAAUAUCUUUGGAGUUCAACAACAAGAGAGAUGAGCACCCAAAAAAGUGCAGUAGUCGCACCAAAAACAUGAUGUGGUAUGGAGUGCUAGGGACCAAAGAACUGGUGCAGAAAACUUACAAGAACCUGGAACAAAGAGUCCAGCUGGAGUGUGAUGGAGUGCCCAUGUCUUUGCCGAGUCUUCAGGGUCUUGCCGUUUUGAACAUCCCCAGCUAUGCAGGAGGCAUUAAUUUCUGGGGUGGCACCAAAGAGGACAAUAAUUUUGGAGCUCCAUCGUUUGAUGAUAAGAAGCUGGAGGUGGUGGCUGUGUUCGGCAGCAUGCAGAUGGCCAUGUCCCGAGUCAUCAACCUACAACAUCACCGCAUCACACAGUGUCGGCAGGUGAAGAUCACCAUCCUGGGUGAUGAAGGCGUACCUGUGCAGGUGGAUGGUGAGGCCUGGAUUCAGCCUCCUGGCAUCGUCCAAAUUGUCCACAAGAACCGAGCCCAGAUGCUCACCAGAGACCGGGCAUUCGAGAGCACGCUGAAAUCGUGGGAAGACAAGCGGAAAGGAGACAGCCGCCCGUCCCGACCCCGACUGAAUUCCCAGCAGUCAAUGGAGUAUCUGACGGAGGAGGAAUGCGCACAGGUUCAGCAGCUUGGCUUAGUGGCAGACUCACUCAUCUACAGGAUCCGGGAAGUGGCAAAGACUCAUAAGGUGGUGGAGCAGGAAUUAGCUCAUUCUGUCAAUGCCAGUGCUGCCGUACUGAGUGAAGCCUUCCCCUCCAAACCCUCCAGCCCUGAGGUGUUGAGUCGCAGUACUGCUGUAGACAUUGUCAACAGCAGUAAAGUUCUCCAGCAAGAGACCAAGAUGCUGCUUGAGGGAAAACUGCUGCAGUUGGAGUCUUCUCAAAAAGAGGAGCUUCUUUCCACAGUGGAUAGUCUCGGCGCUGAGUUACACAAGCUGGAGGACAUUCACUGGAUCUGUCCCAGCAUGCACUGCUCUGAGGAGGACCCGUCCCGUGUGUUGGUGAAAAGCAGUAUGAAGCUGAAAAUCAUGCCCAAGGGCAAGAAAGAGCGAGAGAGGCUGCAUAAGCAGCGGUCCAGCAGCUCUCUGUCAGGAUCGUGGGAUAUCAAAGGUGGGGUGUAUGAUGUGGAUCCUGGAGGCAACUGAAGAGCCGAAGUGGUUUGUUGCAGCUCAUCUGUGAGGACACGGGAUGCUGCUUUACGGCCAGUGAGGGAGGGCGGGAGACCACCUGUGCAGAUACAUGCCCCAUCCCCAUGUUUGUGAGCUUUUUUUGGAGGGGCGUGUCACCGGCCCGGCACUGCAUUACUGUGCUUCUGUUUGUUUCUUCUCUGCCUGCGGAUGGUGUCAUGGGAAAUGCUCAGCAUCAGGGAGUAGGAAGUGGACCGUCCACCAUCUCUCUCUGUUUUCAGCAACGCCACUCCCAUGCAUGACCAAAUCCGUUCUUUUUUUUAAUUAUCUUGCUACUUAGUAUUCCAGCCGUCAGACACAAACUAUAAACUUUUUUUCACUCUCCAAAGGGAAACAAAAAAAGACCCCGUCCUUUCGCCGCCUGAACAACAAGAAAGGAACAAACUAAAUCAAACUAAACAAUUGUACAGAAAUGAAGACAAUUUAACACAUGCACACAAAAAAAAGGAAUAUCCUGAUGAUGAAUGUAUGGUGGACCUGUAUUAUUCGUCAAACUGGCUGAAUAGUUAAUCUGCAUCUAGUCUCUGUAUCUAUCAAAGACCAUCUCAGUUUCUGCAUGCCUUUCAUGCCCUUAUGCAGGAAAAAGGUCUAUUUUUCUUCUUUUUACUCUCAGAUCGUCAGCCAAGCCGUGAUGGUGUAUCACUAGUGUCAAUUGAGCCGUCGUUCUAGAAGCUUCAGUACCGUAACUCUUGUGCCAAGUGAGUAAAUGGAGCGCAGUGGUUUUUAAAGUGAGCUGUUUCUUUACUUUUUUCUGCAGGGAAAUCUUGUGAAAGAAAGUGAUGCUGUGUGUUGUCGUACAUUUCAAGAUGUAUUUUAUCUCGCCUUGCACUUUAAUAUAGAAAACAAAUGUUUAAAAGAGGCAAAGUAAAAAGGUUGUGUGUUCUGUUUUAUCAUAUGAAAACUGGUAUCUCAUUCAUGGAAAACCUAUGGGAUGUUACAUAUAAGGCAGUAUAUAACCAAACUUAUGAAUGUUAUUCAACUGUCGCCCCUUUUCAGGGGUCAGUCUGUUUAUGGAAUACAUGAGGUAAAGCAAAACUUGAACUUGACUAAUAAUAUAUGGUAUGGUUCUCAAGCAGUAUUUAUCAACACACUCCAAUGGUACAGUUUAAACUAACUAAUAUACACAAUACUAGACAACUUCAUUGUUUUCUUGAUAGUUAUGAGCCAAAGUCUAACAGUGUUGCUCUAUAAGAAACACACACAGAGACAUUGCAAACGUGGUAUUGAUUUGAAGUCAAGGUGCUGAUUGUGCCCCUAAAAGCUGUCCUGUAUUUUUUUAAUAUUGUUUUGCAUGUCUUUGUUUUAAAGUUUCACAUCUGUGAUGAACUGUUGCCGUGUGCUGUUCAGUUUGGAUUGACACAGCAAACGCAUUACUUGACCAUCUCCACGUAUCAGCUCAUUGAUUUUGACUGUGGCUAUCAGGUACAAGCAGAAGACAAUGAUUUUAUGAACAGAGAAAAAGAACCAAAACAGAAGAGAUUGACUUUUUAUUUGCUGGUACCAAUCCUCUUCACCGUCAAGACUACUGUUUACUUUUAAGAUGUAUUAUUUAUCCUUUUUAUUUAAAAUAUUUUUUUGCCAUAUGGGUUGCAGUCAAGCUUCCAUGGCCUUAGACCCUGUCUGACUGCAAUCACUUUCUUCAGGAUUGUUGCUGUUGACUUGACGCAAAAAUAAAGUGUGGCCAUUGCUGUUUGAA